UAUCAAAAACGGUUUUUACGCAAAUUACUUUUGUCAGCGAGCAAAUAUCAGUUGAAAAUAGUAAGACUUUCUUUCCGCCUCACAAUCUUUAUUAGCUCUGCAGAUAAGGAACCUUUAAACAGUAGCGACUUUAGUUAGUUAGAUAAAAUCAGCCGUCUAAUCACCGCGCUGCGCUGGAUGCCAUCACUUUCGAUUAUUAGGCGAUCGCUUAACCCGAGAGGCUGUUGCUCUAAUCACAGCUGGAUAACUGUGAAGAUCAAUAUUUGAACAGCCAACGAGUAGUGCACACCUGAUUAUCGAUUCUCCAUAGAUCGCGCUUGAUUAAUGGAAAAAUUCCGACUGUCAAUCGGGGACACUUGUGCCAGUUGGUUGUCAAUUCGAAGAUAAACACACCAGGGGACGGGUGCGGUGCGGGGGAUUAUCCGAUGAUUGUUAAGAGCGCAUGGCGGGCUUACGGAACCGCCGUGGAUAAAACUGAAAGAUACAACCUGUAUCCCGCUUCCACUCACGACACGCGUCGAGGUCUUGGCAAACAGCCUCCGGAGAUAAGAGCUCGUGACGCAGCCCCUGGAUCAUCAGGUUCCGACGGCGUGUCGUCCAACCCUCAGUUCACGCACAGAUCUCGGCCAGAAUGUCCACGCUGGAGAACGAGGUGACCUUCCGCAAGCAGGCGGAGGUCAACCAGAACCUGGAGGCGCAGUUCGACAGCUCCUCCACGGACUUUAUCCUCAUCACCGACCACCGCACCUCGAAGAGCAAGAGUCUGGAGCAGCUGGAGGCCUCCAAGGAGGCGGAGAGUGCGGAGUCCUGCUGCUCCCGCUACGCCCGGAACAUCUUCCGGAAGAAGACCCUUCUGAGGCGCCUGCCCUUCCUCACCUGGCUGCCGCACUACAACACGAAGGACUGCAUCGGUGAUUUGAUUGCUGGGUUCACCGUGGGCCUAACCGUGAUUCCCCAGGGAUUGGCGUACUCGGGCGUGGUCGGUCUGCCCCCGGAGUAUGGCCUCUAUGGAGCCUUCAUGGGCUGCUUCGUCUACGUCCUUUUGGGAACGUGCAAGGACAGCACCAUCGGCAGCACGGCGGUGGCCUCCCUCAUGACCUUCCAGUUCGCGCAGGGCUCCUGGCAGAGAUCCGUGCUGCUGACCUUCCUCACCGGCAUCAUUGAGAUCCUGAUGGCCAUCUUCAAGCUGGGCUGCUUGGUGGAGUUCGUAUCCGGUCCAGUGAGUGCGGGCUUCACGAGUGCUGUGGCUCUGAUCGUGUCCACCUCCCAAAUGCGUUCGAUGCUGGGUGUCAAGAGCGAUGGAGGGUCCUUCUUGGCCACCUGGAUCAGCAUGUUCCGGGACAUUGAACACGUGCGGGUAGCCGACACCUGCUUGGGCUUCGGCUGCGUCUUCCUGCUUUUGGCCAUGCGAAGUUUCGGAAAGCUGACGAUUGGCCCGAAGGACGAGACAAGGAGGAACCGGUUCCAGCGGGUUGUCAACCAGGCGAUAAAGUUUUUGGCCACCUCGAGAAACGCCUCCGUGGUGAUUGUGUUCACCCUGAUCACCAUGCACCUGGAGGCUAACGGCACAAACCCCUUCCGUCUGACUGGAAAGAUUCCCAAGGGAAUGCCGGCGCCAUCCCUGCCACCUUUCCACAUAGAAGCCCAGCCCGGAAACGAGACAGCGGGGAUCCCUCCCGUGGAGGGCCAAAACUUCCUCGAGAUGGUCCAGAGCAUGGGCUACGGACUCCUGAUCGUUCCCCUCAUGGCUCUGCUCGAAACUAUGUCGGUGUGCAAGGCCUUCGCCAAGGGGAAGCAGAUAGACAUCACCCAGGAAAUGAUUGCUUGCGGCGUGGGCAACAUUGCCACCUCCCUCUUCUCCGGAUACCGGUGCAAUGGAGGCUUGGCCAGAUCGGCGGUGAAUAACGCGAGUGGCUGUCGCACCAACAUGUCCAACCUGUACAUCGGAAUCAUCGUGGUGCUGGCUCUAAACUUCCUCACCGAUUACUUCGCUUUUAUACCCAAGGCUGUGCUGGCGGCGAUUAUUAUAUCGGCCGUCAUCUUCCAGGUGCAGUUCCAAGUCGUGACGCCCAUGUGGCGCAGCAAACGCUCCGAUUUAGUGCCCGGCAUCCUGGCCUUCGUCACCUGCUUGGUGCUGCCCCUGGAGAUCGGCAUCAUGGUGGCCAUCGGAGUGAACCUGCUCUUCAUCCUGUACUACGCGGCCAGGCCGAAGGUCACCCUGGAGCAGCUGGAAACUCAGCAGGGCAUCCGCUUCGUGAAGAUCACCCCCGACCGCUGUCUGAUCUUCCCCUCGGUGGAGUUCGUGAGGAACAUGGUGCUAAAGCUGGGCAGCAAGUCCACCCUGCCGGUGGUCAUCGACUGCACCUACAUCUACGCAGCGGACUACACCGCCGCCAAGGUGAUAUCCUCCAUCGUGGAGGACUUCCGUCGGCGGCAGCAGAAGAUCAUCUUCUUCAACCUGAAGCCGAGUGUAGUGAGUGUCUUCGAGGGCCUGAACACGAGGCUGGUGCUCUGCUACAACAUGCACGCCCUCAACCAGGAACUCCGACCCGACGACCCUGACCUCUCGAGAUCCGUGGACUCCCUCGAUCGCGCUGAGUCCGGAAACGGAGCUAGUGAGUGCGUCAGCAUGGCCAGUACCCUCUCCUUGGCCAGGAGUUAACCCUACUAUUAUACCAAUAAAGUUAGCUAAGUUAUCUAUCAGUUCUAUAAAUAUUCAUAAAAAGCCCCACAGUGUAAACUUCGAUGGGCAGCGUUUUUAAUUUAAAUAA